AACCCCGAUUGCUCUAAAAGUAAUUGAACCCUAAAAAUCUGAACCCUAAUCUCCCUUCACCGGCGACGGCUGCUACCACCGAUAGCGGUGGGGGAAAAACUACUGAGACUCACACAGAUAGUUCGAAAACUCAGUUCACAUAAUAUUAGUUGCAAAACUAAAUAGUAAAUUCUCUUUUGUCAUCCUCUUAGUAAAAAAUUCGAGAAACAAUUGAUGGCGGACAUGGACCUGGACGACCUGUUGGUUGUCCCGACGCAGGGCCCAUCUCGACCUGCCCGGUUCGCGCCCAAGGGUUCCAAGUUCAAACCCACUGUCUCUACUAAAAAGGAGGAACCCAAGGAGGAAGCCGAUGCCAGACCCGAAUAUGAGAAAAACGAGGUGGAAAUGGAUUUUGAAGUUGAAGUGAAGCCGGACGAAGAAAAUGAAAAUGAAAUUAAAGAAAAGAUGAUCGAUGAUCUAAUGGAAACAGACGAAGCGGAAGGUGAAGGUCCAGAUGACAUUGUUCGAGAAAUUGAUGUGUAUUUCGCUCCUUCUAUUGAUCCUUAUACUAGGUUGUAUGUGUUGCAAUAUCCAUUGAGGCCAGUGUGGCGGCCAUAUGAAUUGGAGGACAGAUGUGAAGAGGUAAGGGUGAAGCCAGCAAGUUCAGAAUUUGAAAUUGAUUUGGCAGUUAAUUUUGAUUCGGAUAACUAUGAUCGUGAUGCUGAUCCUAGAGUUCAGAUAAUGAAGCAGACUCUUGCUUCAUCAUGGAAACCACCUCGCACAAGUGGGUAUGCCGUUGGGGUUUUAAGAGGAAAUAAGUUGCACCUCAAUCCUAUUCAUUCAGUUGUGCAGCUCCGACCAUCAAUGCAACAUCUCAAGCCCAGGGAUUCUAAAAAUAAGAAGACUGAAACUGGUAGUGUUGAAGAGCCCAUGGAAGAAAAAUCUUUGGAGGCAUCAAAGAAGCAGACCAAGCCAUCAGGCCAGAACAAGGAUAGUGGAGAGCAUUGGGUUCCUCUCAAAUACCAUAACGCAAGGAGUGACAUUGCAGAUAGAUAUCUACAAAAGAUGGCUGCACAAGAAGGCUCGCCUAUUAAUUUUUCUAUGAGCUCGCGUGAUUAUCUGAAUAGAUUGUGUCCGGGCACCUCUAGUGAGAAUUUCAGAUCUAAAGUUCCUACAAGAAGGUUUUUGAUGACUUUGCCACUAAAAGAACGAUGCAGAACUUGGCUUCUUGAGGGUUCUCCAAUUCAUCGAUAUGAUGCUCUAAAGCACCUAGCUCCAGAUGAGUCUGUUGAAGAAGUUUUGGAAGUCCUGCAGGAAUAUGCUCGAUUAGUCCAAGGACUGUGGGUUCCAAAGAGUUCACUGGUAUAUGGAACAGAUUCAGGAAUUGAAGUUUUAGCCAGGGACUAUGUUCUUCUUUUGUUUAGCAAGAAUCCACUAGUUAACAACUCACAAAUACCUCAACGUCCUCAACUUGCUAAAGCAAUGAAAGAUGUCCUAAAUGUAUUGGCUGUUGAGAGACCCUCCUUUAGUGAUUGGAAACUCAGAGAGCUUCCUGAUCGGAGAUUCUUAAAACUCAAUCCUACUGUUGCAAAGCAACAAGAAGAAGAAUGGGAAUCCUUGGAAAAGAAGAUAAAUGAUCUUCUUUUUGGAGGAAGAAGUGGACCUGGUGCAAAGACUUAUUCAAAGUCUAAUGUCAUAAACAAUCCGGCCACAUCAAUGAGUUCCAGUAGAGUAGCUCUGAAAACUCCAAAUGGGGCAUCCUCAAGGACGCCAAUGCCAGAAGAGACUCGAGAAGCUUUAAUGAAGGCCCUUCAGAAACUUUUCAAAAGCAUCAAGGUUUGCAGUUUUCAACAAAUUUGCCAGCGUUUGAGGGACUUGGCAGAUUCUGAGUCCGCCCGUUCGAGGGGAUUUGCCAAAGAGACAGUUGCUGCAGCAAACAGCAUUUGUGCUUUUGCUGAUGAGCUUCAGGCAAUCAUUAGUCGAUUUGCAUUUAAUAUUCAUGGUGUCUAUGUUCCAAAAUUACUCCAGAUCAUCCACAAUAUGAUCCAUUCAGGAAGGUUGUCAUUGAUCUUCUUAUUGCUGAAGGACCAAAAGCAAAACUCAAAGAGGUUCCCAUAGUCGAGGCUGCUAAGAUGGAACUUAAAAGGGAUAUACCUCAGAUUGGAUAUCAGAAGGUUUUACAGGAACUAUGUCUAUCACAAGGUUUUGAAUGGGUCCUUAAAAGUGGCGAUGGAAAUCCACAAAAGUAAAGUUCAUGCAACCAAAUUCUACGUUAGUCUACGAGGUGCUACACCAUUAUUAUACUUCUCUGCCAACUUUAUUUAUUCACUAUCUGGAAUUCUAUUUGGCCGGAUUAGGUCACCAGAGUAUGAUUUGCUAUCUAGCAUGAUCUUGUAUGGAGUGAUGAUCUCAGACCAUAGGAAGGCAGGCAAGAUAAAGAAAAAGACAAUAGAUCUCGAAAUUUAACUUCCUUUACAUAUAUGGUUAUUCAUUGUACAGCUAAAUUAGUCUCUAAGCCAAGGAUCGAUGAGUCUUUUCCUUGUGUUGGCUAUUGGUUGACUGGGCAUUGUAAGAAUCUUUUUAGAGGGUAAUUUUUCAUGUCCAUUGCUUCUAA